AAGAAGCCAAACCAAAAUAGAAAAUUGUAAAAACAGUAUAAAGGAGGAAACAUAAUAGAAAAAUGAUGGGGGAGAGCAGAAAAGGCAAACAGAAAAUUGCAGACAGAGCGUGUAGCAAGAGCCAGGCUUUUAUUCCGUUCCUUAAUUAACCCAUAUGCAUCUUUACAAUACCUGCCAUGUAUUUAUAUUCACCUAUGAAACAAUGAAUCUACUACUUCUACUCUUUAUUGGGCGUUCUUGUUUUCGAGAUCUAGUAUCGAUAAUCGUUCUGGGAUUUCUUGGUCCCUGAGAAAAUCUCCGGCCCGGAAGUGUUUUCAACUCUCCGGUGGCAUUUCACUACCUACCCACCUCACAAAGUUUCUUCCUUGUCUGUUUUCCAUUAUCUGAUUUCACAAUUUUUUUUUUUUUUUGGGAAGAAAUUUAGUGUCUUUGAAAAACCCACAUGCUACAGUCUCUAGAACCCCCGGAAUCUGGAGUGUGUCCUUCAAAACUAUCGAUUAAACAGCUUCUACAUGACCCAAGAAUCAGUUUCAAAAUUGUCAUGGUUGGAUUGACUGACCUAGUUUGUUCAAUUGGACUCCAGAAGACCAGUUUGAAUCCAGAAGACCCGUUUGUGUUAAGUGUUUAAGUUCACUCUUUACCAUCCAUUUGGCACAAACGCUUUUGUUUUCAUCUCCUGGGUUUUGCUAUAAAACCCUCAAGUUUCUUCAGUUCCUCACAUUCACUCAAAGCACUCUGUUUUCAUUGCUCUGUUUUCUGUACUCUGCUCUUGCUCUGCUUCUAAGUACUUCCCUUUCCUUGUUUUACCAAAAUGGCCAAAUUUCUGAGCAUUUUCACAAUGAGGAACUUGCUUGUGCUGUCUCUGGCGCUCAAUCUAAGCUUGAUUAUGAGGGUUUUUUUCGAUGGUGAGAAACAGGGCUUCUUCUUCUCCGCGGAGCAGAGAGGUCCAUCAAUGGCCGAAGACAAGGAAGCUCACGCAACCCAGAGGACGCUUCAGUCAGUUUCUUCUUCGUCUGGCCAAGAAGGCAUGGAAAAAGUCAUUAAUCUGGACCAUGGUGACCCGACUAUGUAUGAAAAAUACUGGAUGAUGAUGGGUGAGAGAACCACAGUUGUGAUUCCUGGGUGGCACUCCAUGAGCUAUUUCUCAGAUGUUAAAAACCUCUGCUGGUUUUUGGAGCCCGAGUUUGCCAAGCAGGUUUUCAGAUUACACAGAGUUGUGGGCAAUGCCGUCACUGAAGGCCGUCACAUUGUGGUUGGGACAGGUUCAUCUCAGCUCAUUUUAGCUGCGCUUUUCGCUCUUUCUCCGAAAGAUGGAUCUGAGCCCAUGAGUGUGGUAUCUACAGCCCCAUACUACUCGUCUUGCAUUGGAUCUUGCUUGAUAAUCUCUUUGCAGUCUUACCCUGUAAUGAGUAACCACCUCAAGUCCGGCCUGUACGUCUGGGCUGGAGAUGCCCGAAGCUUCAACAAAGAAGGCCCAUACAUUGAGUUGGUCACCUCUCCGAACAACCCUGAUGGUUUUGUCAGGCACUCUAUGGUGAAUCGAACUGGAGGCAUAUUGGUACAUGAUUUGGCUUACUAUUGGCCACAAUAUACCCCCAUUUCCUCACCUGCAGAUCAUGAUCUGACAUUGUUCACCGUCUCAAAAGCCACUGGUCAUGCCGGGACGCGCAUUGGGUGGGCUCUAGUGAAAGAUGCCGAAGUGGCCAAGAAAAUGGUCAAGUUCAUAGAGCUCAACACCAUUGGCGUCUCCAGGGAUUCACAGCUUCGAGCUGCCAAGAUCUUGGAAGUCAUGACCAACACCACCGAAAUUGGCAGCUCGGAUUCAGGGGAAUCCUUCUUUGAGAUAAUCUACCACCUCAUGGCAGAGAGGUGGCGGCUGCUUCAAGCGGCGGUGAACAAUGGCAGUAUGUUUAGUCUGCCUGACUUUGCACCAGGGUUCUGCCACUUCCUUCAACAGGAGACGCAGCCUCAACCUGCUUUCGCAUGGCUCAAAUGUGAAGAUGAUGCCGUGGAGGAUUGCGAAAGCUUCCUGAAAGGGCACAAGAUUUUGACGCGAGGAGGAAGAAGUUUUGGGGUUAGCCCAAAGUAUGUCCGCAUAAGCAUGCUGGAUAGGGACAUUAACUUCAGUUUGUUUCUGAAGAGAUUAUCCAUAAUCCAGUCAUGACAUCAUGACUGCGGGCUGCUUUCUUCCUCAAUCUUGUGCCCAAUAUGGAAGAGUUUGCGCUGGUGUGAGAGGACACUGAGGAAGGGGAAGGGGAUCAAUUGGUUUAUAUGUAGAAUAGUAACAGUAGAAAGUGAUGCAAUUUGUAUCCAUCUAUUUGAUCAUAUGGUUUUUCUGAAUGAAAUAGAGGGGUCCAAAUCCAA